GUCGUAAAAUACCGGGAGGCGACACGAGAUGCACAACCGCGUCGGAUGAUUGCCUCAGCUCGGGCACGAGUGCUGAGACCUCACGCGCUGCAUGGCGAGGGACUUCCCAUGAGGUCAAAGCGGCGCAGGUCAUGCAAAAGGACGCGUUCGCUGUUUGGUCCAAAAAAUUUGAAAACUCAAUAAAAUUAUCCUGCACACAACGAAUCCAGUGUCAGCAGUUCGUUUUGUUUUUCUAAGUAAUAAUACUUUGUGCCUUGGCCUUCGAAGUAAAGGAUGAUGGAGCUUGACAGAGAUGACUGCCAAAGUGAUGAGUCCACCGUGGAAGAUGUAGAUGACGCCACGUAUUCACUUGGUGACCUGAGUUGUGGGGAUGUUCAGCUGUGGGCUACAGAUCGAUGUAAGAGUGGUAGUGCCAUCAUGGUGUACAGGCCUAUGGAAGGUGCAGUGAUCCAUGGAAUUUGCAAACUGCUGACAAUGAGACAGGCGAGUGUUACUGAGGCGACGGAGUCAUUCCUGCAUGUUAUUAUGACACGGUUACACAAGGCAUCAGGUACUGCAAAUCUGCUACGCCAGGAAGUGUGCCAGCUGAAGGCAUGCAAGGGUGCUGAUAUUUCGCAAGCAUGGCAACAAAUGCUGUCCGUCAUCGCAACAGCUAUUCCCGAAGUGAAAAUCAAUUGUGAAGAUUUGGAAGUUACAUCUGCAGUGCUAGCGAAUCUGAUAAGCUACCUGCAUGCCACGGCUGCCGCUGCUAUCAGGAAAGCGUCAAUAGCACCAUCCAAAGCUGCUGAAGCCAUCCCCGAACCGGUGAUUGACAAUUUGUCUCACCUUGCUGAAAAGUACCAUGGUGGUUGGUGCUUGGUGGCCGUGCGGCGUGAGCUGGAAGGAGCAAGGUGUCGCAACGACAACUUGCUGCAGCUACCUUUAUUUGGCAAGGAUGCCGUGACAAGCCUUCAGCCUUGUUUGGAGAAUUCAGGUGGCCCGGCGUGGCUCGGAAGCUCUGUAUAAGACACCAUACGUCACAGAUAAAAACAACUGAACCAGUGA